CUUUCCUCCAUUCUAACUACACAUCAUACAGACAAAAGCUGAGGACAUAACGUCUACAAUGUAUAUGUUGUAUGUAUUGGCUCUAUUACUGGGAGUGAUCCAUGUCUCUCACGGUACGGGCUGUAAUGGAGUGGCGGCAGAUUUUGUGUUUGUUAUGGAUGGGUCAGACGGUGUUACCGAUUUGGGAUUCGCAAAACAGAAAUUCUUUGUCUCUGGUUUGAUCGAAAACUUUGAUGUCAACCCUAAUAGCAGUAAUAUAGGAAUCCUAGCAUACGGAAGCCAGGUAGGAGGAGACACGCUAGGUCUCCAGCCGUUCAAGGGAAAGACGCAAAUCAAGGAACAUAUCAUGAGUAUGGAGUAUCCGAAAGGCGACACAAACAUAGCUGUUGGUAUCGAUGACGCCCGAGAGAUGCUGAAGCAGCAGGGCCGACCAACUGCCGCUAAAUACAUGGUUGUGUUUACCGACAAAUUGUCUAGCUCGCCAAUGCAUACAUAUACGCAGGCAUUUCUAGCCAAAGCUGAUGGUAUUAAGAUAUUUGCGGUGGGGAUGGGCCCAGACAGCUCGAACGAGGAGAUGAAGAUGCUUGCCUCAGGACCUAACGAUAUGUUUGCUAUACCCGACAUUGCCUCUCUAGACGCGUUAUCACCGUAUUUGUCAGAUCAACUAUGCAAAGGCUACAUGAACGCAUAUGCAGAUAUGCAACAGCACGGGCCCGGCCAUCUAGCUGGCAGACGAGAUAAUUCUACCUCCACACAACCAAAGUAUAACAACAUGCAGCCAUGAAACCCACAUCACGUGACUUGUGGUUGUUAUCAUACACAAAUGAACAUUAUAAUGUAAAUACAGAGCUAAAGUAGUAAAAGACGCGUGCCAUGUUAUGUAAUCAGAUUUUUAACACAUAUAAACAUUUGUCACAUUGCGAGUGUUCUGUAGUUAUGUCUCAUUUUAUUGAAUAAAGAU